AUGAGGAUGACUACAUCAUCGACAUUUGUUCUAACAAAGUCUGCGUUCAACGGAUUGUGCAAAGAAUAUUUAAAAAAAAACACUGAUGGUAUUAAAAAUGCUAGAGAUUUUUUAGACCAUUCAAAGCUGGAGAUUUAUGCUAUACUAAACGAAUCAAUUGAAAACUCUCCGGUAAAGUAUAAUAUUAAAUUAGAGGCCACAUAUAUUAUACCUAAUACCCAUACGAGAGAAAAUAGAGCAUUUAAAACUCGAUCAAGAUCAGUAUUUCAAUCAGAUGAUGUUAACAAUUUUUUAGAAUUAGAUUUUAUUAAGCUAUUACAAGAACAAGAAGAGAUGGAGCUAUAUAGACGGAAUAGACGGAAUUAUAUUCAACGUAAAUGUAUACAAACCUUUAGGAGCAUUUUAGCUAAACUAGUAAAUCCUGUUCAUGCUGAAAGAAUAGGAUCUAAUUAUGUUGAAGUAGAGAACAGAUAUGAUUUUGAAAAUAUAAAUUUCCCUGCUUCAUUAAACGAUGUAGCAAAAUUUGAAAAAACAAAUAAAGUUUCGGUUAACAUAUAUAGUUUAAAAAACGGAGAGCUCAAAUAUAAAAAUAACGUAAAAAAAAUUCAAAAAGAAUAA